GAGACGGAGUGAAGGAAAAGCAAGCGUUGCUGCUGUCAGCACGUCGCCCCAAGGACGCGCGCAGACGCAACUGCCGAGUCUGUGGCAGCGUGGUUUCGUGUCUUGACUUACGAAGGCGUGCGUUUCAGGCGUGUCGCGGCCUGAUGCGCCAGUGACACUUGAAACUUGCCGUCACAGCGUCCCUCUACACUAUACGUCGGAUCCUACCAGGGACUUUUUUUUUUCAUUGGAGCAACGUUACUGCAUGCUGACCUGCGAACUGCCCACAGCUUGACACGGGACAGCGGAGCUAGCCAGCCAUGAGCGCUCUUCUAGCGGGGCUCGCCCUUCCAUCCCUCUGGGACUGGCGGUGGAUCACCACUGCGCUGGUCUUCGCAGUAUCCUACUUCGUCGGCCGCUUCUACUAUCGGGUGUCCAAGUAUCCGAGGGGGCCGUUUCCUUUACCGCUGGUCGGAAACCUCCUCAGCCUUCGCAACGCCAACUUGCCCAUCAAGGCGAUCGAAUGGUCCAAGGUGUACGGAGACGUGUUCACCCUGUGGAUGGCUCACAGGCCCAUGGUUUUUCUCAACAGCUACGACACCAUCCGUGAGGCGUCCCUCGACCGCCGGCACGAGUUUGCCGGGCGCUUUUCAACCAAGAUGGGUGCCCUACAAACCCAGGGAAAUCACGAUAUUAUGUUCGAGGAUUACAACCCGCGUUGGAAAGCACUUCGAAAGGUGGCCCUCCUUGCUGUAAGGAAGUACGCCGUCGGCGAGUCACUCGAGAAGCUCUGCACGGAUGUUGUCGACUCUUACGUGGACUCCCUGAAAGAGGGCCCGCAGCUUGUCGAAUCGAGGGAGCCGUUUCUACACAUCCUGUUCACCCUCAUUGGAGUUUCGGUCUACGGCACAACGGUGGACGAGGCCAAAAAGGAUAUAAAUAUAAUGAAAGAGCUCGACCGCAAGUUCUAUGAAAUUGCCCCUAACGGGCUGCCAAGCGACAUCGCGCCCUGGCUGGGAAUAUUGUACCGGCACAGAGAAAAGGAGAUAGAACAUCUCUUUCGAGAUUUCACUGCAACCUUUGACAGGCUGUUCAGCGCGGCUGAAGCCACUUACGCACCAGGCAAGAAGGAGAACUUCACUCAUGCCAUGUUGUCCGCUCGUGAAGAAGCUAUACGUGACGAAAAGGGUGACGCCGAAUAUCUGACCAAGGGCAAUAUGGUCCAAGUCGUUUUAAACAUAUUUGGAGCCGCAACCGACACUUCGGCCGGAGAACUACAAUUCCUUUUUCUGAUGAUGGCGAAGGAGCCGUGGAUUCAAACAAAGAUUCAAAAAGAAAUUGAGGUCACAAUCGGGAACACGCCGCCUGUCUACAAGGACAGGGAAAAGAUGCCUUUCACUGUUGCCUGCUUGCUGGAGACCCUUCGGCGCUUUCCUGUAGCUCCUGUCGGAUUACCGCACAACACCACUACGGACACUAGAGUCGGAGAGCUGGAGAUACCGAAGGAUACGGGCAUAUUCAACAACCUGUAUGCUGUCAACCACGAUCCUAAGAUCUGGGACGAGCCUGAAAAGUUCCGUCCAGAGCGGUUCCUGGAUCCGGUUACCGGCAAGCUUCGCCGAGACCCCUUGCCGCUGCUUACGUUCGGCAUGGGACCGCGUACGUGUCCCGGAGAGAAGCUGGCGCACGUGGACAUGUUCUACAUCCUUGUGCGGCUCUUGCAGCGGCUAAGCGUCAGUGCAGGCGAAAAGCCACCCAGCGUGGACACUGAUGGCCUCGGCACGAACAUCUUUCUGCUUCCUGCUGAGCAGAAUAUCGUGUUCACCAGAAGGAAUUGAACACGUCGUCAGAUUUAUUCCAAAGAUGCAGUUAUUGUUCGAUGCGCCUG